AGAAACUUCAGAUCAUCUUAUGUCUGCUGUUUCACUGUUGUGAAUGUCCUGGCAAAAUACCAGCAGUGUGUUUCAGGCUUGUAUUUAACGAUGUGGAAUCAUUAGCUAUUCUUUUUUCCUGAGUAGUUUGUGCAAAAUAAUGUGUUUUCUGGCUCUGUGUUCUGUGGAAAUCAUUCUUUCCUUCCUCCUUGUUGUGUGUUUGUAGGUGAGGCCAAAUGGCUUCUGCAGAGUGGGAUAGUAAUUCUCCUUCCCCAUGGCUAUGAUGGUGCAGGCCCUGAGCACUCGUCCUGCCGGAUGGAACGGUUCUUACAGAUGUGUGACAGCUCAGAAGAGGGAGUUGAUGGGGACCAGGUGAACAUGUCAAUUGUGCAUCCCACCACUCCAGCACAGUAUUUCCAUUUACUCCGGCGGCAAAUGGUCCGAAACUUCAGGAAACCUCUGAUCGUUGCCUCUCCCAAAGUGUUACUCAGGCUCCCUGCUGCUGUAUCAAGCUUUGAAGAAAUGGCUCCAAGGACAACAUUCAAGCCUGUCAUUGGUGACUCCUCUGUAGAUCCUAAAAGUGUCACCCAAGUGGUGCUCUGUUCUGGUAAGCAUUACUAUGCUUUGGUGAAGCAAAGAGAGAUGCUAGGAGAGAAACAGCACAACACAGCUAUUCUGAGACUUGAAGAACUGUGUCCUUUCCCCCUGGAACCUCUACAGCAAGAGUUGAGCAAAUACAGCCGUGUGAAAGUCUUCAUCUGGAGUCAGGAAGAACCACAGAACAUGGGUCCAUGGUCCUUUGUGUCACCACGGUUUGAAAAGCAGCUGGGUGUUAAGCUCCGUCUUGUGAGUAGACCUCCUUUACCAGCCCCAGCAGUUGGCAUUGGAACCCUACACCACCAGCAGCAGGAAGACAUUCUUACCAACACAUUUAUCUAAGUUUUCAACGGAUGGACUACUGCU